CUAUCCACCCCGUGCACCCCAUGCAUCCCAUGCACCCAUGAACCCAUGCACCCUAUCCACCCCAUGCACCCCAUGCACCCCAUGCACCCAUGCACCCAUGCACCCCAUGCACCCCGUCCACCCCGUGCACCCCAUGCAUCUUAUGCACCCAUGAACCCAUGCACCCGUGCACCCAUGCACCCGUGCACCUAUGCGACGCGUGACGCGAGCCAUGCGAAUGCGGCGAUGGACUCCUAUGGCCGUCGCUCAUUUAUUUCAAAUCCUUGCGCUUUUCCUGGGUACGUGGAUUGGGCGACAACCACUCGAAUAGCUGUGAGAAGUAUUUGCGCAUUAUUGGGGAGCCUUUGACAAUCUCCAGCCAUUCAGGAGGGGCUAUUUGAGCUAUUGCGACUUGUGCAAGUGUUUACGACUCGCUUUGCGAGACAUGAAACAGUUUUGCGAAGGGCCUUUUUCCUCCAUCCGAACCAAACAUACUGACGCAAGCUGCUGUGACACGUACAGAUCUCGACAACUCCCAGCACUACUCGUUUCCAAUUAGCCACCUUCUCUUCACUCUAGCUGUGAUGUGUUUACAUGCUCCGCAAAUUCCCACGCAUGCAGAUUUGUGUGUCGCAUGGAACACCAGAUUGGUGGGAAAACCAUAGU